UCUUGACACACAAUCUUCAUCGUGAGACUGUCGGUGCGCAUAUAAUGUUACUCAUGAGUGUGUGCCCGCAGUGUUGCAUACAUGCGAGUCUUGGCUAAUGAAUACUACCCAGUCAUACCACUGGAAUAAGGGAAAAUGGCCUUGUACUUUAGACACGCGGGGUACUGCCGAAAAGGAUCUUCAGUUGUUGAUCCAUGGUUUCACUGUUCUAUCAACAUCGUGACAUGCACUUCGGAGCGUCACCGACAAUCUCGGGAUGAUCCGAACACGAUGUAACAAUGAGACGGUUACCUUGAAAAUCUGAAUAGUGCAUACGAAAUUUGUGCGAUUAGGUAGUAACCCCAGUUUUGGUGUUUACUUCACAGGGCGUGCUGAAUUUGCGUAUAAAUUCAACCCUUGCAUACUCCUCCCUCAACCACGUCCUGUCCUGUGCUUUACCACAACCAGCGUUGAACCUACUGCGCAUGAACGAUCUUCGGACGUCAUGCAGCUGCGAGGCCUCCUGUCCACGAUGGCUAUAUUGCCAUUUAGCGCAGCCUGUGUCUCCUCUCCAGGAGACACCGCCAUAGUUCCUGGGUGGCAUUUGCAGUCCGCGCUUCAUGCCCCUAAUAAUUUGACUGAACUCUCUCUUCCUACAUCAUAUAAUGUCAGCUCCUGGUAUCGCGUCGGCCCUCGGACUACCGUCAUGGCGGGCCUGAUUGAGAAUGAUGUAUACAACGACACAUACUUGUUCUACUCAAACAACUUCGAGGCCAUCGACCUCACCCCCUUUAAGUCCCCAUGGCUUUACCGUGAGGAGCUCACCCUUGUAGCACCUCCAAAAGGCCAGCAUAUUUUCCUCAUCACCCAUGGUAUUACUUCAAAAGCCGAUAUCUAUUUCAACGGUAAGCAAGUCGCCUCGAACACGACCCAACAAGGUUCCUACGGCGGCCAACGCUACGACAUCACCCCAUUCAUCCAGACCGGCAAAAAUGCCCUGUUAAUCCAGGCACACCCGACAAACUACCUCCGUGACUUUGCGCAGGGCUUCGUCGACUGGAACCCGUACCCGCCCGACAACGGUACCGGAGUCUGGAGGGACGUAGAACUCAAGCAGACAGGACCGGUUUCCAUGUCUUCUCCACGAAUUCUAACGGACUUCACGGGCUCACGCACCGAGAGUGUUACCGUGACGAUCAAUACAGACGUUAGGAACCACGAGGCGCGCGCCGUCAGUGGUGUUGUGCAUGGUACUGUUCAGGCGAACGACGAUGCAUCGCAGACGGUCGCGUUUUCGAAGGAAUUCAAAUUGGAGCCGUACAAGGCCACCACGAUCUCAGAUACUGUAUUGCUAGAGAACCCUGAAAUUUGGUGGCCGGCCGCAUGGGGUGAGCAGCCAUUGUACACUGUGCGAGCCGAGGUGUCGGUCGGUGACGAUGAAAUCUCGGAUAUUGCACUGGAAACGCAGUUUGGGAUCCGACACGUUACGUCAAAGGUUAACUCGUAUGAAGACACUCAGUUCACCAUUAAUGGGUACCCAUUCCAAGUAAGGGGUGCUGGGUAUACUCCCGAUAUGUUUUUACGAUUCGACAUCGAUCGUCUUGGGACCAUGUUCCAGUAUAUGCUAGAUAUGGGACUAAAUACUGUGCGAUUGGAAGGAAAGCAGGAACAUCCGGAAUUGUACGAGCUCGCCGAUAGCAUGGGAAUGAUGGUGAUUUCGGGAUGGGAGUGCUGUGAUAAAUGGGAGGGAUGGGACUACAAUCAUGAUGCGGACGGCGUGAAAUGGACAGAGGAAGACUAUCCAGUCGCUGAAGCCAACAUGCUUCAUGAAGGAGCAAUGAUGCAAGCUCAUCCCUCGAUGCUGGCAUUCCUCGUCGGAUCGGACUUCUGGCCCAACGACACGGCUACGAAGAUCUUUGUUGACGCCCUGGGUCGCAUGGACUGGCCUAACCCGAUCAUCGCAUCAGCGAGCAAGCGUGGCUACCCUGAACUCCUGGGCCCAUCCGGCAUGAAGAUGGAUGGGCCUUACGACUGGGUCCCGCCUAAUUAUUGGUACACGGAUAAACUGGGGGCAGCAUUUGGGUUUGGCUCUGAGCAGGGGUCAGGCGUAGGGACGCCAGAGAUAUGCAGUUUGAAGGAAUUCAUGUCCGAGCAGGAUCUGGAGAGUCUGUGGACGCAGCCAGAGAAGCCACAAUGGCACCAGGGGAGGAAUAACUCGGCUUUCAAGGAUCGCACCAUUUACAACGAGGCACUCUUCGCACGGUACGGCGCGCCAACGGGACUGGAGGAUUAUCUUCGCAAGGCGCAGAUGAUGGAUUACGAAGCGACCCGGUCUGAGUUCGAGGCAUUUGCUAUCCGCCAGAACGCAAGUCGUCCAGCUACCGGACUGAUCUACUGGAUGCUGAACGGCGCUUGGCCUAAUCUGCAUUGGCAGUUGUUCGAUUACUACCUUCGCCCUAUAGGGUCCUACUUUGGGACGAAAGUAGGUGCUCGUUUGGAGCAUGUGGCUUAUGAUUAUGAAGCCCGCACUGUUCAUAUCAUCAAUCACUCUUUAGACAAGUCGGGGACACGGAUCGUUACAGUCGAGUUGAUUGAUUCUCACGGCAAGCCCAUCGCUAGCCAGAACAUCACGACCGACACAACCCCAACGGCAUCGAAGGAAUUGACCACAAUACCCGAGGUGAAGACGAUGAAAGAUGUUGGGUUCCUUAAACUGACGCUCCAGGACCCGGAGAGGAAAACUGUUCUCAGCCGCAAUGUUUACUGGCUCUCGCCUACGGUCGAGACCUUCGAUUGGGACAAUUCGACCUUUGUUAACACGCCCGUGAGAGAAUACGCUCCUCUGACGGGACUGACUGAUAUACGCACCGUUUCCGUGUCGACAAGCAUGAAGACAUACGCCUCGCAACACGGCUCGACGCUGGCUGAAGUCACGAUAGAGAAUACAUCCGGUGUGCCAGCUUUCUUCUUGCACUUGAUGAUCACUGAUGCGGAAGGCCAAGAACUGACCCCAGUAUACUGGUCUGAUAAUUAUGUGACUCUGUUCCCCAAGGAAAGCUUAAGCCUGACGGUGGAGUUUGAGGGCAAUAACUGGGUUGCCGUUAUUUCUGGUGCCAAUGUGGAGAAGAAAGUCAUUGGACAAAGCUAGGCUAUUAUAUAUGGCUUGCUUGAAUAUAUACAAGGUAUAUUGGACUUGAAUGGGUUUGCUUAUUUACAAUAUAGCUCACAUCGAUACUACCCUCCUGGAUAGUGAAGGUCAUAGCUGAUAUACCUGUAUAGAUAGCAAAUACAUAACUUGAAUUACAUGCUAAUUUCUCUCGAAGGGAUAAUGAACAACGUCAUGCCAUGAAAUCUGCAGCUAAUAA